GGUAGUGAGUGUGCGUCUUACGGGGCCGUGCGCGGCUAUGAUACGGGGCCGUGCAGCGUGCGCGGCUAUACGGGGCCGUUCAGCGUCGCGCGUCUGUUUACAGCCGUCGGGACAGCAGAUGGGCAGCUAUAAUCAUCAACUUUUUGAGCUGCCCAACUUUCAGUCCUGUCUUUGCUUCGCUGCCCGCGUGCACGUGCAACCGCAGGGCGUCCUCGCUAACCACAAAACGGGCAUUUGAGGCUGCCAGGAAGAGGGUCGCGCCCUCGCGCGCCCACAAAAAACAGACCGAGGCGCCGAGGCGCCUCUGCCAACAAGAGGUAGCUUCGCGCCCUCGCGCGCCCAAAGAAAACAGACCGAGGCGCCUCUGCCCAACAAGAGUAGCUUCGCACAAUGGGGAAGGGCGGCAAAGGAGCUCACCACCAUCACCGCUCUGGGGGGUCCCGGAGCAGCUACUCUCGAGGCCGCAACCGUGGCGGCUUCUUCUUCCACCACCGGGGUCCCUCGCACUCCCACGUUACGUACCGCGGCCACCGGUCCUACCACCGCUUCCAGGUCCGGGCGGCCGUGACCAUGGCCGCGGGCGGCACGCUGACGGUGGGGCUCAUGGGCCGGCGCUCUCAUCGCCACCGCACGCACGUCGGCUACGUGCCGCAGCGGCCCUUGAUGGCGGGCCCGAUGGCCUACGCGGCGCUCUUUCGUGGGCUCGUAGACUUUGUGGACCACACCGAGGUCGACGAGGUCUCCGAGCAGCGUCGCUGGGCCAUCGACUGCUCGGGCGACGACCAGAACGGCACCGCGCUGCAGUUUCAUCUGUGGCGGCGGGCGCACCGGUACGUGGCGCCCGACUUCUACGACGCGCCGGCGGCGACGACGGAGCCCGCGGACGACGACGCCUGGCGCGCGGAGCUGCCGCCCGACGGGCCGAACUUCGCCGUCGUCGACAUCGCGCUGAUCGCGAAGGAGCCCGAGGCGGCGGCGGACACCCUGAACGACUGCGGCCUGGGCCAGAAGCUCGGGCCCCCGGCGCGGCAGCUCAUCCGCGACGUCGCGGCGGCGUGCCGCGGGUUCUACGGCAGGAAGACGACGAAAAUGGUGUGCUGUUGCUUCGAGGUCGACGACGCCGCCGCGGUCGAGGACCGCAACGACGAUAUCGAGGACGCGGCCGUCGCCGCGCUGGGCCGCGGCGCCGCCGGCCAGCUCCCGCGGGACGCGACGGUGUCCUUCGUGCGCCUCGGGGCGCUGCUGGCCGUCGUCUUCGAGAUCGUGCCCCCGGCGCCGGCCGGCGUCGCGUCGUUCCCGCCCACGGGGGCGGCGGCGGCGCCUCGUACGUUCGAGGUGAAGCCGCUGGUCGUGGGGCCCGUGGAUAUGGACGGCGUCGUCGAGGAGAAUGCCUCCUCGUCAUCGUCCGACGACGACGACGACGACGUCACCCGCACCAAUUCUGGUUUGGCCGCACUCCGCCAAAAGUACAGCGGCCGCGCGUCCUACGUCGAGGGCGAGUCCGCGGACUACGUCGCGACCGCGCCCGCGUACCCGACCGUGACCGUCUGUGUGGUCAAAAUUUCACGGCGCGUUCGUGCUGAAUCGUCGCGUCGUCCUCCACAUGCACUCGACGCACUGGUUGAUUUCCACACAGGUAACCGUCGAGGCCGCGCCGGUCGUCUGUCGGCCCGUCUCGUCGUGGACCGGCCCGCCGCCGCCGCUCGUCGAGGCGGAGCUGCGCGCGGCCCACGCGAUCGCGAGCGCCGCCCGCGGCGAGUUCGUGCCGCAGUUCUCCCAGGCGCUCUGGCAGGCGACGGCGCACGUCGUGAACUGUGCACAAAUCAAAUUUCGCGGCGCCUUCGUCGCGCCCGUCGAGCGCGAGCAGGUCCUCGAGAAGAUCGAAGCCGACCUUUCAUUGCUGAAUCGUCGCGUCGACCUCUACUACGCCAUCGACGCGACGCCUGCUCGAUCGCGUGGCGGUGCCAGACCCGACUCACUAUUUGAUUUACAGGUCAACGCCACGACCCAGAACCCCUCCGGCGCCGCCGUUCUCCGCGCCUUAGAGGACUUCACAUUCACGGCGCCGCAGGGCGCGUUACCGGGCACAUCCUUCGUCGUCCGCGCCCCGACAGGCGCGCUCAUAGCGGCGACCUUCCCGCCGGGGAUCGGGCCCGGUAUCGCGUCUGUGUCGGAAAUUCCACGCGUCGAUGGCGUGGCGGGAGACGCCGUCGCCGCGAAACUCACGGCUCGCUCGCGCAGGCUACAACAUCUACGUCCACGCGCCCGGCGCGUGGGGAGCCAUCGCCACCUCGGCCGAGGCGCCAUCACCACGGCCCGGCGCGUAUCCGCCACCGCCGCACUACCAGGCGCCCGUCGCCCUCGUGACCGCCGCUGGCGUGGGCGAGCCGGCACCGGUCCCCGGCGCGCCCGUCCAGGGCUGGGGCGCGUAGAGGUGUAGGGACGUGGAUGGCGUAUAACGUCAUUCUCGGUGCAUUUGACAUUCCGUUUGUGCCAG